GACACGCGCCGGAUAAGAGGCCGCCCUCUGCGCCACAGCGCCGUUCAAGACCGGCGGCGCAACUCCCGACCGGGCUUUCAUCAGAAUCCUCCCGCGGCGGAACAUGGCUCUGAGAGGACCGUUCUCCCGAAUCCUCCGGUCCAAACUGGGGAGCUGCUCCCAGCAAACCAGAGCGGAGUCUGUGGCGGUUCUGGGGGCCCCGUUCUGCAGGGGACAGAAACGAGGAGGAGUGGAGCACGGACCCAAAGUCAUCCGGGAUGCGGGGCUCGUCGAGCGGCUGUCCAGUCUGGACUACUCCGUCCACGACUUCGGCGACCUGAACUUCCCCCUCCUGGAGAAGGACGAGCCCUACAUGGGCGUGAAGUUCCCUCGGACCGUCGGCGCAGCAAACAAGCUGCUGUCCGGCGCGGUGAGCAGAGCUGUGGGCGCCGGACACAGGCUGGUCAUGCUGGGUGGCGACCACAGCCUCGCCAUCGGAUCAGUGAGCGGCCACGCUCGGCAGUGUCCCGACCUGUGUCUCAUCUGGGUGGACGCUCACGCAGACGUCAACACGCCGAUGUGCUCGCCAUCGGGAAACCUCCACGGACAGCCGGUGGCGUUCAUGCUCAAAGAGCUGAAAGAUAAGAUGCCGGAGAUUCCCGGGUUCUCGUGGACCAAGCCCUUCCUGUCCUCGAGGGACCUGGUGUACGUGGGACUGCGGGACGUCGACCCCGGAGAGCACCUGAUUCUGAAGAACCUCGGCAUCCAGUACUUCAGCAUGAGGGACAUCGACAGGCUGGGCAUCCAGAGGGUCAUGGAGGUCGCUCUGGACCAUCUCCUGGGAAGGAAACAGCGCCCCAUCCACCUGAGCUUCGACAUCGACGCCUUUGACCCGUCUCUGGCCCCCGCCACGGGAACGCCGGUGAACGGCGGGCUCACUUACAGAGAAGGAAUCUACAUCACGGAGGAGAUCCACAACACAGGUCUGCUGUCGGCCAUCGACAUGGUGGAGGUCAACCCCACCCUGGGCGCCAGCAGUGAGGCAGUGGAGGCCACCGCCUCCUUAGCCGUGGACGUCAUCGCGUCGUCCCUGGGUCAGACGAGAGAGGGCGCUCACGCGUCCAUCAGCGUCAUCCCCGCCGUGAAGAGCGACACGGAGCAGCUCUGCCUAUGAGCAGACCCAGAACCUCGGUUCCGAUCCUGACCAUUCCACGCUUCUUCUGUGUUUGUUCUAGAAUCCACAAGAACGCUGCGGUGGGAGAGACUGAAUAAUUUAAGACGACUGCACCUUGUGAGGCCGCUGCUCUUCUGAGGCCGCUCUUAUUUAUUUGUUAGCGUGUUACGAAGCCACACGUGUGUCGCGUGUGGGACUGACCCGCCCUCAGGGCGUCAAAGUGUUUCAAGUCCAACGAGGACUUUAAUGGCGAAGCCGAUAAUCAGAACGUCACUUUUCCCUCUGGACCAUUAGUGGUGACUGUAUUCUGUUUAUACCACAUCAUGAGAAUAGACGCUUUAAAAGCUCUUUAGGAUUCUGCUGCUGUCAUGCUCUUUAUCGUUUGAUGACGACUGAUAAUCCUGUUACAAAAACUUCUAUUUUGGUCUUCCAUAAAUGUGAUUUCAUAUUU